UCCGGAGCCCUCAACGCCACUACCGCAGCAGCUUAAGCUGUCCCUCUGUGCCCCACGUGCCCUUGCGCUCCCGCCACAAGUCCGCUCACUCGCUCGCUCCGCCGGUGUUGACUGUGGUGGUAGCCUGGUAGGCAGGCGCGGCGGCCAUGGCGCUGGCGGGGACGGGGGCGUUCGCGGAGAUCCUCGACGGGGAGGUGUACAAGUACUACGCCGACGGGGAGUGGCGCGCCUCCGCCUCCGGCAAGUCCGUGGCCAUCGUCAACCCCACCACCCGCAAGACUCAGUACAGGGUGCAAGCAUGCACCCAGGAGGAAGUGAACAAGGUGAUGGAGGCGGCCAAGGUCGCGCAGAAGGCGUGGGCUCGGACGCCGCUGUGGAAGCGUGCCGAGCUCCUCCACAAGGCCGCCGCGAUCCUGAAGGAGCACAAGGCGCCAAUCGCCGAGUGCCUUGUCAAGGAGAUUGCCAAGCCAGCCAAGGACGCUGUUUCUGAGGUUGUGCGGUCUGGGGAUUUGGUGUCGUACACAGCUGAGGAGGGUGUUCGAAUACUGGGGGAGGGCAAGCUACUGGUUUCUGAUAGCUUCCCCGGUAAUGAGCGGAACAAGUACUGUUUAAGCUCCAAGAUACCCCUUGGAGUAGUUUUGGCAAUCCCGCCAUUCAACUAUCCUGUCAACCUAGCAGUUUCUAAGAUUGGUCCAGCACUAAUAGCUGGCAAUUCUCUUGUGCUCAAGCCUCCAACUCAGGGUGCAGUGGCUGCACUUCAUAUGGUACACUGCUUCCACCUGGCUGGUUUCCCAAAAGGCUUAAUUAGUUGUGUGACUGGGAAGGGUUCUGAAAUAGGUGAUUUUCUUACAAUGCAUCCUGGAGUCAACUGCAUUAGUUUUACUGGAGGUGAUACUGGUAUAGCCAUUUCAAAGAAGGCUGGAAUGGUCCCUCUUCAGAUGGAGCUUGGAGGGAAAGAUGCUUGCAUUGUGCUAGAGGAUGCAGAUCUCGAUUUAGUUGCUGCAAAUAUAGUAAAGGGUGGCUUCUCGUACAGUGGCCAGAGGUGCACUGCUGUGAAAGUAGUGCUGAUCAUGGAAUCAAUAGCUGAUGCCGUGGUAGAGAAGGUUAACGCGAAGUUGGCAAAACUGAAAGUUGGGCCACCUGAGGACGACUCUGAUAUCACCCCAGUUGUAACAGAAUCCUCAGCCAACUUCAUUGAAGGCCUGGUGAUGGAUGCAAAGGAGAAAGGAGCAACCUUCUGUCAGGAAUACAGAAGAGAGGGCAACCUCAUCUGGCCGUUGCUGCUGGAUCAUGUCCGUCCUGACAUGAGGAUCGCUUGGGAAGAACCUUUUGGCCCCGUAUUGCCUGUAAUCAGGAUCAACUCAGUUGAGGAGGGCAUCCACCAUUGCAACGCCAGCAACUUCGGCCUGCAGGGAUGUGUUUUCACAAGAGACAUCAACAAGGCAAUCCUGAUCAGUGAUGCCAUGGAGACUGGGACCGUUCAGAUCAAUUCUGCACCGGCUCGUGGACCUGACCAUUUCCCCUUCCAGGGUCUGAAGGACAGUGGCAUUGGAUCCCAGGGGAUAACUAACAGCAUAAACAUGAUGACCAAGGUGAAGAGCACUGUCAUAAACCUGCCAUCACCAUCCUACACCAUGGGCUGAGAUGUUCAUGUAGAGGGGAGGAGUAUGUUUCAUAACCGCAAGAGCACCAUGUAGAGAAUUCAAAAAUGUUCCAUAGCCACGUGAAAUUUGUAUGCUAUUUGCACUUCAGUUCUGCCUGUACCAGAUCUUUUGCAUGAAGAAUAAAGUGCGUUAAAAGUACUUUAUCCUGA